GUCACAUGGUAGCGGGUGGUGUUAUCGGCCCUAUGCGGAGAACAAAGAAAUCAGAGAGUCUAUUUAAAGAGAAGUCGCCCCGGAUCCUGCAGCCGUGUGACUCCAGGCAACAAGCUGCGCCAAAAUAACGAGCCUGCUGUGCACCUCCAGCUCAGCGAGGAUGCGGACUUCUCUGCUCGUGUGCUGCUGCGCCUUUGCGCUGCAAUGCCUCCCGAGCACGCUUUGUCUCCCAGCGCGAGGAUCCGGCAGGUACAAGGUGGCACCGGUUUCUGAAAAGUACCCAGAGCUGAAGAAGAGGGGGCGGGUUCCUCACCCUCAGGAUUUAGUCAAAGAGCUGAGUCUGCAGACCAACACCUCCAACGCGUGGAACAGACCUCGCUGUGGCGUACCGGACUACCCCGCCCAGAGGGAGGUGCAUUAUCGAGGCCGCCACCGCCAGAGACGCUUCGUCCUGUACGGAGGCCGAUUGGAGAAGACUGACCUCACCUACAGGAUCGUCAGGUUCCCCUGGCAGAUGGGCGAGGAAAAGGUCCGUCGUGUGUUCCGGGAAGCACUGAAGAUCUGGAGUGACGUCACGCCGCUCACCUUCACCGAGGUCCACAGCGGGAAGGCCGACAUCCGCAUCGACUUCACCAGGUACUGGCACGGAGACAACCUCCCCUUCGACGGCCCGGGUGGGAUCCUCGCUCACGCCUUCUUCCCCAAAACGCACCGACAGGGCGACAUCCACUUCGACUACGACGAGUCGUGGACCCUCGGGAACCACAUGGGUACAGACCUCCUGCAGGUCGCUGCCCAUGAGUUCGGGCACGUCCUGGGCCUGCAGCACUCCAGAGAGCCGGGGGCCAUCAUGUCCGCUUACUACUCGUUCUCCUACCCGCUGAGGCUGAGCGAGGACGACAAACAAGGCAUCCAGUACCUGUACGGCGCCCACCCUCAUGUGCUGCCCCCUCCCCCGCCACCACCCCCGUCCAACCCAGAGACCAACGAGAUCAUCACCAAUCCCGACGCCUGCCAGACGGACUUUGAUGCCGUGUCUAUGAUCCGAGGGGAGCUGUUCUUCUUUAAGUCGGGCUACGUGUGGCGGAUCAGAGACGGGCAUCUGGAGAGCGGCUACCCGGCGCUGGCGUCCCGUCACUGGAGGGGGAUUCCCGACAACAUCGACGCCGCCUUUGAAGACAAGUCGGGAAAUAUCUGGUUCUUUCAAGGUGAGCACUACUCGGUGUUCGAUGCCGAGCGGCAGAUCAGAGGGCCGGAGUCCAUCAGGGCUUUAGGUCUCUCGGUGUCCGGGAUCCAGGCGGCGCUGCGUUGGGGUCACGACUCGAACUACAACACCUACUUCUUCAAGUCGGGCAGCUACUGGAGGUUCAGCCCCCGGGAGAACCGCGUCGACUCGGUGUACCCGCGCAGCAUGCAGGACUGGAACGGCAUCCCCGACGACGUGGACGCCACCUUCAGGGACAUCUACGGGUACGCUCACUUCAUCCGAGGUCGACAGUACUGGAAGUUCGAUCCUGUCGGGAUGAACUCUCUGGAGGGUUACCCCCGAUACGUCGGCGUGGACUUCUUCGGCUGUCGAAACAUUUGAAUCCUUGAACCGUUUGUGAACCGGAUGAAACGACUUUUGUUUUUUUUUAAAUGAAGAGCAGUUUUAUGAACAGAGACGUUUUUAUUUUCAUCCGGUGGAUCAAAGAGGAUAAACAAGACUUUCUCUGAAUCUGUUCACGCUUUACUCGGUUUACUGAAUCUCACCUUCUUCUCAGGAACGCUAAGGUACAUUUCCUCAGACGUGGCACCUCCCGUGCAGCUACACUCAUAUUUAUUUUGCACGUUUUUGUCACCGUGAGGCCGAGACCCCGGGCCCUGUACUGAACGAUGUGAUCUCACUUCCUGUCUUUGAGCCUGAACUUUAAUGAUUCUCAGACGUCACCAGAACGGUCUUAAAUGUUCUACUUGAUGUUGUGACUCUCCUUCAUUUCAUCUUUCUUUGUCAUCGUGGAUUGACUCGCUGAUCGUCGUGCGUUUGAAGAGUGACACGAAACGAGACGCUGCAGGAGGCAGAUUUAUACAUCAGCGGCUGUACUUUAGUUUAAAUACUGAAACUUUAAAACAAGAAAAGGGCGACAAAUCAGAGAUUAUUGAUUGAAGGACGUUGUUUGUCUGGGUUUGAAUCUAUGAGCUCAUGUUUUCUGACUCAGGUUGGCCCAGUUAUAACCUUUAAAGGAGAUCUAUUCUGCUUAUCAAUAUUUAAAUAAAAACAUAAAGUUACGAUGAUGGAUGUCCGCACUAAACCUCUACAAAGCUUUUUAAAAAUCCAAGAUAUACAGUUGUUAGCGUAAAACCUGACGUCGGGUUCUGUCGACGUAUCAGAGCAAAGCAUGGAGCAAAGUUGUAGGACACGCCCACUCAGAAGUUCCAUGAAAUCAGGGAUUUUACUGACGUCAGGAUCAGAUACAUAAGGAGGUUUUAGAGUUACACAUCUCACAACGUGGCUCAAAAGGCGUCCAAGAGUGACAUCACUAAUGGUGAGAGAGUUUAAUAGAUCUCCUUUAAAGUUUGAACCUAGGUGAGGCAAGUGUUGGCUGCUCAAUCCUAAGCGCCAAACAGCUGAGAAUUUUAUUCAGAUAUAAGCCAUAUGAGUUGUAUGUUGGACAUAUAUAUCUUUAUAUAACACAUGUCUCUGCUCUGAUUGGUUGCAGCAUCAAGAGACAUUUCGUUCCGUGGCUGCAGGAAAUGCUCCCUGAAAAAUGACCUUUGCUUUUGUGAAUGAAGCCGUCUUCACACACAUGCACUCCUGAACAUUUCUAGAGGAUUUCAGGACGACUGCUCCUGAAAUCCUCCUGAUCUGGUUGUUUACACAUGCACCUCACAGCAGGAGACUAUCUCUGUCAGACAGGAAGGGGCGGGGCCUCCUGAGGUAAGACAUGAAGUAAGAAGAGCAACGCAGAGUCCUCUAUACGACGCUCUAAUGAGAAUAUGUGUCUUUGUAUCAACGCUACGUGUAGCUGAAGAGAAUCUCAAUGUGAACUAAAGAGAGGAGAAGAACAAACUGGAGAACAGGAAACAUGCAGCAGCAGGUUGAUUAGAGCACGGAGAUGGUAGAGGUGGCGUGCAGACAGUCUAUGGUCGUGCAGCGAUCACAGGGAAUAAAGGUCACCACCCCCUCCCACUGGCCCCUCCCACUGGCUCCAGGUGAAUUCUCCUGAUUAUAUCCUGCUGUGUUCUCACAUCAGAUCACUCUGACUUUCUGAAGAUACGAGGAGGCUGGAGGAGAAACUCGCUCUGCUGAGCCCGACUGUAAACUUAAUCCUGUAAACCCAAAAUAAUGCUGUACAUCCAAGACUCAGCCGUUACAUUGCUCCAUUUAAGGUCACAUGGACAACAACAGCCCGGGGUGUCUGAACAUCUGGUGCACGCUCUCCCUGCUGAGCUGCUUCUGUAACUCCUGGUGUUUCCUACUUUUCUCACCUGAGAGAUGUCCUGUUGUCCUACAGCUCAAAGUCCAAUAUGUGAAAACCACAUCACGGUGUGUUUGAUGUCACUCUUCUAAACGAGAUGUUGUGAAUCUCUCUCCGGCCUGCAGACAUCUGUGGCUCCACGGCGCCCUCUGUCUGCAGCAUCUCCCCCCUGCAGGAGAAGUGUGAUGUUUCCUCAGAGAACAUUUUGUCAUGAAGUUAUCUACAUUGUUUAAAAACAUGGUGCUCUAUUCAGGUUGACUUGGUGAUGCGUUCAGGGACAGCAGCAGCUGCUGUGUGGAUCAGCGGUUCUCAACAUGUUAAUAAACGUCAGCUUGUUUCUGCUCCUCAGACGGUUUUUAUGAAGUUCUGGAGAACGUGUACUUUUACUUUUGAUACUUUGAGCACAUUUGACUGAUUGAACUUCUUCACUUUUUGUUGGAUUUAAUGUUCAGGACUUUUGGAGUAUCUUGAUUCUGUGAUAUAUGAUAUAGAAGCCCUAAGAUGACGUGCAUCCUUUACUACGUUUUCAUGUGAUAACGAGUUAUUUCCAGUUAUUUAUCUUGUUUGCGUAUAAAAACCAGCAGUGGUAUCUCGUGAAAACAACAUAAGUACGUCGUGACCUCGAGAAAACAACCAGAAAUAACUCGUCAUCACUGGAAAUGUCCGCUCAGAGCGUCCGUAUUCCACCGCUGUUGGAUCGUGCUAAAAAGAUCUCAUGGACCUGUGAAAUCUCAUGUGACGACCUCUCCGCGGGUCAGUGCACACAGGUUGAGAACCGUUGACGCCGUGUCCCUGCAGCAGGUGAAAUGUGAAGGCAUCUGUUCUUCAGGUGUUGUUUUCUCAGUGCAGGACGCUGACGAGUCGUUACGCUCUCAUGUCAGACGUCCAUAUUUCAUAUUAAAGUCAAAGUGUUCAUCAGUGACGGCUUGGAAAGAAUAUUUAUACUUAAAGUGCGUAGGUUAAACUUUGUUGUA